UGGGCGAACGGACAAGAGGAAUAUUUUUCUUCUCCAUUUCCUUUUUUUUUUAUUGUUACAUUAUUUCUUGAUAUCGGUGCUCCAUCGACCGAUCGCAAGCAUGAUGUCCUACUUGAAACAGCCGCCGUACACGGUGAACGGACUGAGUUUGUCUACCUCAGGAGUGGACCUGCUGCACCCGUCAGUCGGAUAUCAAGGGGCCCCUCGGAAACAGAGGAGGGAGAGGACGACCUUCACCCGGGCCCAGCUGGACGUGCUGGAGAACCUGUUCGCCAAGACGCGGUACCCUGACAUCUUCAUGAGAGAGGAGGUCGCCCUGAAGAUCAAUCUGCCUGAAUCCAGAGUCCAGGUAUGGUUCAAAAACAGGCGGGCCAAGCACCGCCAGCAGGCCCAGCAGACUCAGACCGGAGCGCAGAGCAAGGCGGUGAGCCGGCCGGUGAAGAAGAAGGGCUCCCCGGUGCGCGAGGCCAGCUCGGAGAGCGGAGCCAGCGGCCAGUUCACGCCGCCGUCCAGCACCUCGCUCUCGGCUGUGAGCAGCAGCACCGCGCCGGUGUCCAUCUGGAGCCCGGCCUCCAUCUCCCCGCUGUCGGACCCGCUGUCUACCUCCUCCACCUCCUCCUCCUCCUCCUCCUCGUGCAUGCAGCGCUCCUACCCCAUGACCUACACGCAGGCGCCGGGCUACAACCAGGGCUACACCGGCUCCUCGUCCUACUUCACGGGGAUGGACUGCGGCUCCUACCUUUCGCCCAUGCACCACCAGCUGUCGGCGGCGGGCCCCGCCAUGAGCCCCAUGGGCGGCGGCGGGGUGUCCAGCCACCUGAGCCCGGCGUCGGGCCUCUCCUCGUCGGCGUACGGGGCGGCGGGACUGGGCUUCAGCGGCGCGCCGGACUGCCUGGACUAUAAGGACCAAACGGCCUCCUCCUGGAAACUCAACUUCAACGCGGACUGUCUGGAUUACAAAGACCAAGCAGCGUGGAAAUUUCAAGUGUUGUGAGCUGAGGA